ACAGCAAUAUUUGUUUAGACUCUAAGGAGCAUUUCUCCGCUUGGGGUCGCAAAGCGCAGAGAUUGAAAGAAAGCCGGGAACCGUCUUGCCAACACAGAAUCUUGCUGUGUAGGAAUCACAUGGCUUAUUAACUUAAAACGAUAAGAACAAGGACCUCCACUAUGCCAGGCAAUAUAAAGGGUGGUCACAAUCUCAGGAGUUUAAAUUCAUCCAAGGGUUCUGAUGCAGACAGUCCAUCUUUAAACAAUCGGAAUCGGAGGGCAACGACCCCUAAUACCUCCCACAACACCAGCAGUCGAUCAUACAGGGAACAUGACAGCGAGGCUGAAGAUGAAGAUGAAGAUGAGUACACAGACUCACAAGAAGAUGAUGUUGACAGCAGCUAUGCCACUACCAGAGCCUCUCCAGCAGCUGUGACUCCAUCCCCCAAACUUCAACGAUGGGCAAACAGUCGGGGGAAUGCGUCCGAUAGUGACACAUCUCCCAUACCUCAUCAACGGUCAAAUCCUCGGGGGAAUGUGUCUGGUGGAAGCCCUUCAUCGCGAUAUGAGAGAAUGUACCCAGAUUUGUCUCCAAUGCAGAAUGAGCAAAGGCCUGCAGCUCCCCGGCCACCUAAGAAUCAGAGGACUGUUCCAACAUCACCCUAUCCCUGGAUCGGACUCGUGGGUCUAGUAGUUCUAAUUCUAUCGGGAUUCCUCUUCUCUGGAUCCCGUAGGUUUCAACUCACACGCAGUCCCAGCUUUCAGGGCUUCGUGUCCAAGGUUGAUGACCUUCGAAUGUCCUUCAAGUCCCAGGACAAGAGAACAUGGAAAACCAUUAAGUCAUCUGUAAAACACAUUCUCAAUGCCACUGACCCUGAAUACCCCGCCGUUGUGUUGUUCGCUGUGCAGAAAGACCAACAUGCAGCUGCAAGCUGCCUGGCCCGAAGAGUUGCCUCCCUUUUUAACCAUCUGACAAGCAGUGUGCAAGAUGACGGCUACAUGGACGCAAGGCUCUUGAAUCAUCUUGAUGCAAGGGUGCAGAAGGAAAACCUUGAUGAUAAAAUAAGGGCUAAUUUUAAGACUGGACGAUCUGUCGUUAUUGAUCACCUUGAGGGCUUGUCGCCAACGGCAUCUUUGCUGUUACAUGGCAUCUGUGAUAAUGACAACGCACCUUUCAAAGACGUGUUUAUUGGGAUUGUGUUUCAUGUUGAUAGAGAACUGAACGUACGUGAGGUGGACUUGGAACUAGAAAAGUAUUUUAAGUCUGAACUCGAUCCGGACAAGAUAGGAGCGCUGUUGACAAGGAUAAAUAACAAUGCAGUUGUUGUGAGGAAAGAAGAAGGGGACAUUUCAUCCCUCUGUACUUAGCAGGGUUGUGGAAUCUCACAAGAUUACAGGAAGUCUGUACUUAGCAAUACAAAGGGCAAACUCAAUCACGCUUAAAAACAACAUUGGUAGCUUAGAUUAGUUUGUUUUUUUAAAUACCGGUACUUGCUUAAAAAAAAUGGGUUGGAUCCACCAACUUAACAUGCUUAGAUAAAAAAAUCUAAUUUCAGCCAUGGAAAGACCUCAGUGACAAUGACUGGGGAAGAACGUUCUUAGUUGGGAAUGAUCAUGGAAGGAAAAUCUCAGCUGACAAUGAUCGUGGAAGGAAAAUCUCAGUUGACAAUGAUCGGGGAAGGAAGUUCUCAGUUGGCAAUAGUAGGGUAAAAGAGACCGUAAUUGACUUGAUUUUGAAACUUUUUGAAACAGUUUAAAAUAUUUAGAGGUGACAUUUAAAUUGUAAUAACAUAAAUAAUAAUUGUAUAGUACUAGUCUCUGCUUGCAUGCACAGAGGUCUCGAGCCGCUGUUUAAUGAAAUGAAUCAAAUCUAAGAACUAGGUAUUAGUUUAGCUUCAAUCAGUUUCCUUUUAUGAUGGAUACAUUUCUCCAGCAUGUUGAGUUUUCAUGUCCUGUAUCACCUUACUACUGAGAUAACAUAGUGGUUACAGUCUGACCAUUUAUAAAAAUAUUUUGAAAAUGAAGUAUUUCAAGUGACAAGUUUUUCGACAAACUGCUGGAAAAAUUAAAUACCAGAAUGUGCAUUGUGUUUUCAGGGCUUCAGUGAAGUGUUUCUUCUGUUUAUUAUCCAAGUGUGAAAUGAUGCAUUAAAACUCUGCUGCACUGCAAUACAUGGUCUUCGAUAUGAUACAUGCAGACCUGUAUCAUGAAACAUGAUGAUCGAAAUACAUUAACAAAAGGGUAACUCAUCAAAAUGGGUUAAAUCUGAGCUUGAGAAGCCGUCCACAUCCAACAAUCCAAAUGUUUUGGGACAUAUUGACCUCACUGUUACUUGGUUACCAUGGAAACACCAUUUCUCGACCUAUCUGAAAUAAACAGAAAUUUCAGUUCAUGAAUUUGUGGUGUUAUUCUGGUGUGUUCAGACAUGUAUCGUAUUGUGUCAUGACCUUGGUAUGGAGAUAUUAAUCAUAUUGUUGCACCUCCAACAUUUUCAGUCUCUCCCUGUGUUCGGUGUUUCUGUGCAUAAUACAAUAGCUCCAAGGUGAUCCUGUGAUGAAGGGGCGGUCAGGUAGCCUGGUGGUUAAAGCGUUCACUUGUCACGCCGAAGACCCAGGUUCGAUUCCCGACACGGGUACAAUGUGUGAAGCCCAUUUCUGGUGUCCCCCACUGUGAUAAUGCUGGAAUAUUGCUAAAAGCGGAGUAAAACCAUACUCACUCACUCACUCACUCACACUGCUUCGAUGUUGGGGUGGUGGGUUUGCCUCGUGGUGAAAGCAUUCAUCUAUCACACCAAAGGCCGGGUUUAAAACCCCACAUAGGUAUAGUGUGUAGCCUAUUUCUGGCAUCCCCUGCAAUGAUAUUGCUGAAAUCCCCAUAUAGGGAUUGUUUCCUAGAUGUGAUAUUGCUGUACUAUUGUUAAGAGACAUAGAAAUCCAUACUUAUUCACUCACUCUCCCAACCAUUUGUUUGCCUGGUUGAAUCUAGUUAUAGGUUGCCGAUUCCUAUAUAGUUGCCACAGUAGUUCCAGUCACCUAGUUUAAUCUCUCUGAAAGGCUGUAUGUAUUAAUGAUACAUAUAAAUAUAUAUGGUUUUAUUACUGUAAGCACAGGUGGUCCUGUCGAAAAAGGUGCCAUGAGUUGCAUCCACAAGGUGUACCAGGAUCUGAUGAUCUGAUGAUCAUGUGUUUGAAUCUCAGAUUCACCCUGAUUAUGAUCCUUCAUUUGAUAUUUCCACAAAACCAUAAUUCAAUUUUUCAAUGUUUCAUCAUUCCAAACAUCCUGUGUUCUCGCCAUCCAAUGUUAGGCGAUGGACCCACUAAGUGGUUAUUCACGUUUGUACAAUUUAUUUUCACUCCCAAAAAAUGUAAGUUGCAUUAUUCAUAUCAAAAUGUCAAGAUGUGAAUUUGUGUAUAAUGAAAUGGCAGUGAAUCUAUUAUGCCCUCAAAUGCUAUGAUAAUGUACACUACCAUAAUAAAGCUAUAGAUUAUUUUUC